AUGAUUCGCGAACACUACGGCAAAACGCGCUCGUUGGAAACCUUCACUUACGCAACCGACUUGAUAGUUAGUUGCCCUCGGCACGCCACACGCAAGGAAAAACUGAUUCAUAAGUCAAAAUCUUCCAGUAUGUUCCAUAAAGCAAGCUUAAAUAAAACCACCCCUAAUAUCCCCUCAGUUCAUUCAAUUAAAGUUUUCCUAUCCAAGGAGUCUCGCACUCUGCAGAAAACCCACUUUAGGAAUUCUAAGCUUUCAGAGGCGAAAAUGGCAUCGUAUUGCUCUCGCAUUGCAGUGGGAUUGUUUGUGACGGCGGCGGUGCUUAUCAAUGGGGUGGCAGCUCGGCCGUUUAGGGUGGACGAAACCGUUCGCUGGGUUCCGCGCCUCGGCUCAUUUAAUGACUGGGUCCAAAAAUACCGUUUUCUUAUCGGCUACACCCUGGGCAACCAUUCUCCCUCACCUGCCCCUGAGCCUGCCCGUGGCCCCGUCAAAGGACGCUUCUCGCCGGAAAAAGCUGGCUGCUGUCAAGGCAAUUGCUGCGAACUGGAAAAUCUUCUAGUCUGCUGUGAAAGGCACUUAUAGCCCGGGAAGAGGCCGGACGCCAUUACACCUGCAAAUGAUCACUGGUUUUGAAAGUUUGUUUAGAAUUGGUGGGAUUCAGGAGCUUUUUCGGAUUCUUUUCUAAAUAAACAAAUGUUAUUUACAAAUAAGCGCACCGGUUUUGGAAGUUUGUUUCUUGCGUGGACGGUGCACUGUUUUAGUUUGAAAGUUGGUGGGAUUCGGGAGCUUUUGGGUUUUUUUGUCUUGUUAGCUUUAUCCCUCUGUGUUUUGAUAGCUGUGAUAUAAACAAAUGUAACCUUAUUUUCUUAAUAUAAUUUCAGUUCUUUUUAUAAGAACAAC